AUGGAAAGCACGGACUCGUCGGCCGAGCCCCCAAAACCCCACCUGCCGCCGGGCUUCCGAUUCCACCCGACCGACGAGGAGCUCGUCGUUCACUACCUCAAGAAGAAGGCGGCCGCCGCCCCUCUUCCGGUGGCCAUUAUUGCCGAGGUCGACCUCUACAAAUUCGAUCCAUGGGAACUUCCUGCAAAGGCGAUAUUCGGAGAGCAAGAGUGGUACUUCUUCAGCCCGAGGGACCGGAAGUACCCAAACGGGGCCCGGCCCAAUCGGGCCGCCACAUCGGGCUAUUGGAAGGCCACGGGCACUGACAAGCCCGUCCUGACAGCUGGCGGGACCCAAAAGGUCGGUGUCAAGAAGGCCCUGGUUUUCUACGGUGGCAAGCCGCCCAAAGGCAUCAAGACCAAUUGGAUCAUGCAUGAGUACAGGCUCGCGGACCACAAGGCCCAAACCAAUAAGCCCCCGGGCUAUGACACCGCCAAAAAGGGCUCGCUAAGGCUGGAUGAUUGGGUUUUGUGCCGGAUAUACAAGAAGAACAACACGGCGCAAAGGCCGUUGGAUCACGAGACGAGCGAUGUGGCGGGUCUCGGUUCAAUCCCGGGUCUCAAGCCAUCGUCGAUCUACGGCCCGUUUCUAGAAACCGAGCACAAUUUUUACGACCAACAAGGGAUGAUGGGCAACGAAGCUAACGUCCAUUUGUGCUCGUCGGGCGCAAAGGCACAACCGCCGUCUUUGCAAUUCCCCUUCAUGUCCGCGGACCCCACCGCCCUAGCCGGCAAGCGGACGCUUCAUAAUUUGUAUUGGGAAGGGGAUGAAAACGGGAAUUCGAUUUCUCCACGGACAAAGAGGUUAAUUACCGCGGAAAAUUGCGCGAACGGUUCAAUGGUUGACAUUCUAAGUCAACUCCCUCAAGGCUCGAGUUUGCCGUCGCAAGUGGUGAUCGAGAAUAAUAUCGGGGACGGGGUCCUUCGCCAACCGUACCAGGUUUCGGGCAUGAAUUGGUACAACUGACGAUCGGUUUGUUAUUAAUUGGUGUUCCAUCUCGUAUUCCGAGUGUUCUGAAUACACUUGGAAUACGAGAUGGUGUAAUGUUUGAGAAUAGGAUUUUUUAUAAUUUAUCUUUUCUAAGGGGAAUUAUAAGGAUUGUGUUUUUAUUUCUUGAUGGAUAUGGGGAUAUUUGAGGUUUUUGAUGGUAUAGGAAGAGUAUUGAUACAUGAAUUUUCUUUAGAUUUAAGGGUUUUUAGGAUAGAUGAGGGAGUAUGUGUUUAACUCUUCUUUUGGAUUUUAGCUUUCAAAUGGUAUAUAUGGAUGUAUCAAUCAUAUAUACUCUGUACCUUUGCUCAUUGUAUACGAGAGCUUAUAGAAAAUACUUAUAUUGUGAUGAUCUUUG